GGUAGGAAGUCUUUGUAGAGCAACGUUACGAUUACGGGCAAAAUAGAAGCGUGGUGGCGAGCAGUUGCUCUUUAGAGUCUCUCCACACCUCAACUUAGCAAAAAAGUUAAAUACACAGAACAAAAGGACUUGGACUACAUCGGCUCACUGCGUGCCCCAGUCCACACCGAAUAGCAUCAUUCCUGGAGAGCCAUCUGAAAAGCAGAGCGAGAAACAGUUUCGUGCAAUUUAUUUGGUCAAUAUUAUUUAUGCAUUUUUCACUCGUAAUAUUACAGACAACAUAAUACAAUCUGGCCACCAGCUUCUUCGGUGUUACUUCGUUUAAUUGUGUGUGUUUUUUUUUAUAAUUAUUAUUUAAUGGGGAACUUCGGCAUUCUAAAAUUCGUAAUGAAGGCAAAAUAAGAAAAAAGAAGUAUUCUGUUUUUUUUCCUAACAAUGGAAGCGUCCAGCGGAUCGAGUUUUGGAAUAGACACUAUUUUGUCAAAUACUACUGGCUGUGGGAGUCCAGUGCUGAUGAACGGAGAUUUUCGUCUGGGGGACAGCCGGAGCGCGGAUUUCAGGAGCCAGGGCAGCCCGUCACCAUGUUCGGAGAUAGACACUGUGGGAACUGCUCCGUCAUCCCCCAUUUCGGUCACCAUGGAGCACGCCGAAGCCCAUCUGCUCCAAGACAGCCUGCAGCAUCACCACCAACUUCACAAUCAGCAGCAGAGUUUGCAGCUUUCGCCGCAGCAGCAGCAGCUCGGCGCUGCCGGCUCUGCCCCCAGGACAGCCACCUCGUCCUUCCUCAUCAAAGACAUUCUGGGGGACAGCAAACCGCUGGCCACAUGCGCGCCGUACAGCACCAGCGUGUCCUCGCCUCACCACACGCCGAAACUGGAGAACGUCGCAACGGACGGCUUCAGGCCAAAACUGGAGCAGGAUGACAGUAAGAGCAAAUUGGACACAAGAGAUGACAUUCACGGCGACAUGAAAUGUAACGGGACGAAAGAGGAGGGCGACCGAGAGAUUUCCAGCAGCCGGGAAAGUCCCCCGAUCCGCACCAAAAAACCGCGAAAGGCUCGCACAGCCUUCUCGGACAACCAGCUGAAUCAACUGGAGCGUAGCUUCGAGCGGCAGAAAUACCUCAGCGUGCAGGAUCGAAUGGACUUGGCUGCGGCGUUGAAUCUCACGGACACGCAGGUGAAGACGUGGUACCAGAACCGACGGACGAAGUGGAAGAGACAGACCGCAGUCGGAUUAGAGUUGCUCGCUGAAGCUGGAAAUUAUUCGGCUUUACAAAGAAUGUUUCCGUCGCCGUAUUUUUACCAUCCGAGUUUGUUGGGCACCAUGGACAGCACGACGGCCGCCGCCGCAGCCGCUGCCAUGUACAGCAGUAUGUAUCGGACUGCGCCGGCGCCGCACCCCGGCCUUCAGAGGCCCCUGGUUCCAAGGGUCCUCAUCCACGGUCUUGGGUCAGGGGGCCAACCUGCUUUGAAUCCGCUGGCUAACCCUAUUCCUGGCACGCCGCAUCCUCGGUAAAUCGAUCCAAUAGACACUAAUUCUCGUGUGGAGAGACGAACAGAAGUGAACAAAAACUGCGAAAUGACGACACGGCGACUAUGUUAAAAGAGGAUCAGAAAUGUUAUCUACACUAUGGUUCCGUUCUCAAAAAACAAACAAACAGACAUUGAACUUUUAAAGAAAGGUCUACACAGAAACGCGGACUGUAUAUAUGUUUAAUUUUGUUUUGUUUUGUACAAAUACACUUAAGAUACUAACAAACUUGUACAAAUUUAUUAGAUGGAAAGAAUGUGUCGAUUAAAGAAGAAUGACACAAACCGAUUCUCAGAGACUCUUCUAUUGCAGAGAAAGGUUAAACGACCAGAGACUUUUACACUCGUCGUCACGUUUUUUUCGUAUUGGCAUGUACUUUUGAUACAAAGUGUACGCACGGUAAAGUCGGGAUUAAAUCAACUCUACCAGAGUUAAGUCCACUCUGAGACAGUUACAUUCUAACACAGCACGCAAGGAUCGUAUAAUCUCUCUCAGAUUUGAUUUAACUCCGCCGAUUUUACUGUGCAUGUCGAAGGACUGGGUGAAAUAUUUAUUAUGUGUUGUCUGAGAUCCGCUUACGUAGAACAUACAGAAUUUCGUUUAUUCGUUUAAUUCCAUAAUUAGGUAAGCCAAAUGAAAAACAAACAAACAUUAGUUUGUAUCUACGACUG